GUUGCUCAGAAGUAUCGUGUUGUUAAUCUGUGGUCUGUGCUAGUCUGUGGUUGUCUGUGGUCUCUGUAUAUAAACAAAGUGAUCUGUGCAGUGCUUGGAUUGAUUUUGUAAAGAUUCAGGAGAUCAUCAACGCAUGGCUGAAGUCAAACAAGAUGUCGGGCAUGACGGGAGCCAGCAUGCUGCGCACGCGCCGCAAAGAUGUCAACGUCAAACCCAACCGCAAGUUGGACCGAAAGUCUUCUCGGGGCAUGCUCUACGAAAACGAGGAGCUACGUCUACGAACUAUCAACAUCAAUGCAGAAGUAGAAAGAGGACAGUCAGACAUAAAGAAGUUGAAGCGUGAGAACGAGCAACUGAAGAGAGAGAUCUCCGCCCUGCGCUACGAGUACGACCGGCUGGACCGGAUGCUGCGGGACCGGAGAUCUUCGCCGGACCACUCGGACGACAGCGUCUCGGUGUGCAGCGCUUGUCCCGAGUGCACGAGCGCCGACGGCAGUGUCCGGGCUGUUGCCUUUCAUGACCUAAGCGUGGUGCCGGAGGAGGGGGAACAGGAUAAGAGUGGAGCUACAACCCCUUGCAAUUGCGAUGAAUGCGAGAAGGAAGCGAACCAGCCUGACACCAGCCAAAAUUCAAAUAAGGCAGACAAGGAACCGCCGAAGGAAGAAUCUAAAACUAACAAUGUAUCAGCGAAGGCGAAUACGGAGAACAAUGGAAUAGACCGAACCGUCGACGUGUUAGUACACGACGCGCCCGAAGUGCCGAGAUUUUAUCAGACCAUGACUUCCUCUCCAUUCCACUUCACCGGACCGCCGCCGCCGGGCUUCGUCAUCGCUCCCUGCCAACCUCCCCGCUUCCACACCGGGGGAAACGUCGAGGACUUGCUCGGAGACAUGCAGACGACCAUACAGACGACUUAUAUACAGCAGAAUUCCAUUAUUAUGUGCAAUACCAGGAAUAUUGUGCAGAAACCGUGCUGCUGUAUAAAGAGAGAUCCCAGCCCGAAGCCCGAGGUCUGUCCGGAGCAGCCUCCCAAAUCGUACGUCACGGAGAAGAAUAUCGAGCUCACAUACGACUACCCUCGAGGUACGCCCAUUCCGAGCACCAGUCCGAAGUCAGGGGAGGAGAUACAAUCUACGACGACGGAGGUGGCGAGCACUGUUGUCUUCGUCGAAAAACGAAUGCCGACUAAGCCAAAAAAGUUCGACUUCUUCUUCAGAUCGAGAUCGGCGCCGGUCGGCGACAACGAGGAACCGAUUUAUGCGACAGUAAACAAGCUCCCAAAGAAACUCCGAAGGAUGGAGCUAGCUAAUUUAGAGAAAGAGGUGUCGUACAAAAACGCCGAGCCGGAUUCAUCGUCCCGAACUGAAAUAACCGUGAAAUCCGAUUCGGAGUCCCAGGUACCUCCUCCAGACGACGACACGAGUAGGUCUGAAAGAGAGAAAUCCACCGCACCGCAGAGACCACAAUCACCGAAAGCGAAGAAGAGAAAGAGAUUCUCUCUGACGUUCAAGAAGAGGGAACGAAAAAGAAAGGAAGUGAAAGCGGAAGCAAAGAACGGAGCGAAGAAUGGUGUUCCAGUUCUAGUAGAGAGUGACAAUGAGAGGUUAAUAGAGGAGAGGAGCGAGGAACAAAAGCACAAGCACUGCACAAGGCACCGCCCGCGGCCGACCAUGUCUUCCUCCAGCUCCUGUCCGAGAUACAAAAGGGACAGCUACCAGGAGAUGAACACAUCGCACUCUGAGCACGAGCGCACGAACAGCAUGUGUUCUUCCGUUUCUCUGGCGUCUGCCUGCACGCAGAAAUCGCGAAAGCUGUCUGUCGCGCCGCAGGACUCCAUCCCCUGGUGCGGCUGCUGGGGCGCCGGCUGCGUGUGACAGGGACGGCGCAGUUCCCCCAUCUCGCUCGCACCCUGCAGCGAGCUGUCCGCCGCGCCUCAGGACUCCAUUCCCUGGUGCGGCUGCUGGGGCGCCGGCUGCGUGUGACAGGGACGGCGCAGUUCCCCCGUCUCGCUCGCACCCUGCAGCGAGCUGUCUACUGCGCCGC